AAUGGCUCUCAAUUCGUGAAUCUUACAACAACUAAAAAAAAUUAUAAACGAAGUCCUGUUAUGUCUGCCGAAGUUAAUUACAAAUUGCUGACUACAUCAUAAAAAAACGAAUAAAAAUACUGUGUAUAUAAGUUUCGGUUAUCAAAAUGCGUGCAGUCCGUUGAAACUCAAAAAUGGCAACGUCCAAAAUUUGCAAGUUUUAUAAUAAUCAAAACGUUUUUAUUACCGGGGGUAGUGGUUUCGUGGGAAAAGUGUUAAUAGAGAAACUACUGCGAAGUACCAACGUUCACACUAUUUAUGUUUUAAUUCGAGCCAAGAAAGGACACGAUGCUCAAAAGCGAUUUGACGACAUUUUUGACAGUAUAAUUUUCGACAAAUUGAAGAGCAAACAACCUGAAUUUAAGAACCGGGUGGUACCUAUCUGCGGCGACUGUGUUACCAAUGGUUUGGGUCUUUCAGAAGGAGACAAAGAAAGAUUGAUAUCUGAAGUGAACAUUGUGUUUCAUGUUGCUGCUUCUGUGUACUUCGACGAACAUAUUUGUAAGGCCUACACUAUUAAUUGCAAGGGAACAGAAAAUGUGUUAUCACUUUGUAAAGAAAUGAGUGUUUUAAAGGUGUUUAUGCAUGUGUCUACGGCUUACUCUAACUGUAAUCGUCCUUCAGUCGAUGAAGUUAUAUACGACACUCCAGUAAAAUACACCCAAAUGGAAAAUUUAGUGCAUAAAUCUACAAUGGAAGAAAUGGAAAAGUUGACCCCUAAGUUAUUGGAGUCGUGGCCUAACACUUAUACUUUUACAAAAGCUUUAGCUGAAAAUCUAAUACAAGACAAUUAUGGUAAUUUUCCGCUAGGAAUUUUUCGUCCAGGGAUUGUAACAUCCACCUACAAGGAGCCCCUCGAAAACUGGAGUGACUCCAACAGUGGCCCUAACAUGGUCCUACGUUGUGCCUCGUUAGGGUACACCCAAAUCUUCUCCGCUAAUCAUUCCAAGAUCGAAAUGGUACCCGUUGAUUUAACCGUAGCUGCUCUAAUAGCAACAGCCUGGGACGUUUACUUCAACCAAAACCAACAACAACUACCCAUUUACAACUACGUGUCUUCCACAGACAAUGCUCUUACAGUUCACGAAUUCUUUUUACUUAUUUGUACCCAACUUCGAAAUUACCCAUCAAACAAAGCUGUUUGGGUUCCAAAUUUUCAAACAAUACCAGGCUCUCCUGUGACCGACUUUCUCAUUUACUGCUACCACCUCGUUCUAGGGUUGUCACUAGAUUUCCUUCGGUUGUUUUGUCUUAAGAAGCCUAAAAUUUUUCUAGGGAUGAUAAAAACACACUUGGCUAUGACACGGUUGUCCCAUUUUGGUAAUCGAGAGUGGACAUUUUCUAACAAAAACGUUAAAGAAAUGUGGGGACAAAUGAACGAAACGGAUAGGAAUUUGUUCAAUUUUGAUAUAGGAUCAGUGCAGUGGGUUUAUUAUUUGAGGAACUAUUUCAAGGGAUUGAAGGUACAUUUGAUGAAAGAAAAUUUGGAAACGCUACCAGAGGCCAAAACUAGAUUGAAAAAGUUGCAAUUUUUGCAAAAUGGCAUGCAUUUUCUAGUGAUUUUCUUUGGAAUAAGCACUAUUUUUAUAUUGAUGUUGAAAUUUUAUUGUUAGUUUGAUUG